GCAUGUGCCAUGUGUCACUCCAAGUCCAAACCAUCCAAACCAGGAACCAUAUGAGCGACAACACCCGAUUAUUUCACACCUUCUUCUUCCUUCCUUCCUUCCCUCCCCUCCCUCGCCCCCCCCCCCCUCUAUUUAUACUCAACACAACACACCUCUCCACCAAUACUCAAAUCCCUCAUUUCAACCUCCUUCUUAUUCAUUUUUACCCUUCCAAUGGCCAUGCCCAAGUUCGCUGCUCUCUUGCUCUUGGCCCUCAUUGCCAUUUCCAUGCUUCAGACUGCUGUCAUGGCCGGCAGUGGUGGUCGAAACAGGAACCCAUAUGGACCGGGAAGUGUCAAAGUCUUCCAAUGCCCAAAUCGAUGUGCCAAACGGUGUGGAAGAACACAAUACCACAAGCCAUGCAUGUUCUUCUGCCAAAAGUGCUGCAGGAAGUGCUUGUGUGUGCCGCCUGGCUACUAUGGAAACAAAGCCGUUUGCCCUUGCUACAACAACUGGAAGACAAAGGAAGGAGGACCCAAAUGCCCUUAAAACAAUAACCUACAAUUCUUUUCACUUUUUGUUUUACUUUUUCUUUUGCAUUUUGCUGCUAACCCCAUCUCUUUUACUAUGAACUUGUACGGGGGACGGGGUUGGGAAGAAAUCUGUGACUCAUUAGAUGGGAAGAAAUUUGUUUCCUUUAAGUCAUAGUGUAUUUUGGGUUACUUUAUUAUAAGUUUAUAAUAUUAAUAUAUGAGUAAUGAAAUGAAACAUCUUGUUUCUAUUUUAA